AUGGACGACGAACGUUCACCAUUGGAAGCUGCCGAGACGAUGUUCGCUAAAAUGCCCACGGCUUCUGCCGUCGCUGCUGCGGCUGCCACCACUGUGGCUCCAUCGCCAAAAGUCGGUACUCGACCGCCGGACGCUUCAACGCCCAGAGAACGCACAUCAAGUGAACGGAACAACAGUCAGGAUGGUGCGAACCAUUCCAUGACAGAACGAUUCGAAAUGGUGUCUAGAGGCGAUUCGACGGAUGGUGAUCUUCCAGGGAUGCGAUUUGUGGUCACUCUCGUCAAGGACCCAUCAAGUGGACUUGGCCUCACAUUGGUGGACGGUAACCUCAAUGGCGUCAAGGGUGUCUAUGUGAAGUCUGUUGCUGAAAAUGGUGCUGGAAUGCGAGCUGGUUUAUGUGUGGGCGAUCGUUUGCUGGGUGUCGACGGCGCCUCGCUGGAAGGCGGUGAUCGACAUCGUGCUGUGGAACUCGUCCGGCAAGCCGGUGACACCGUAUCGAUGGAGAUCGCUCGGCUGGACGGUGGUUUCGUCACGAGGAAAAUCUUUUGGGCUGAAACGGAGCCUCGAUCUUUUUCUCAACGUAGUAGUGACAACACUGUGAAGAAAUCCGGUGCCAUCGGCGGAACGGCUGGAGUGAUUACUGUAACGCCACCCAAAGGUGUGUCCCGUACACCGCCAGCUCCACGACGUGCUGCGAACCGACGACAACGGGCUGUGUCUGAUUUUGGUGCCAUUGGUGAUACUCUGCCCGCCCUCGACAGCGACAAUGUGAUCAAUAUCAAGGCGAUUUCUGGACUUCACCUUGACGAGUCAGAUGAAGAACAAGGCGAGUAUCGACUACCGACCACCUCGAUGUAUUCAUUCGAGCACCACUACGAUGAUGAAAGCCCGACAUCUCCGACAGCAAAGGUAUUUUCCACAAUAAUGCUACAUUCAAUAAUUAGAUAA